CUUGCUGGGGCGAACCGGCAGCAGUUGCAGUCAUUCGGAAACAAAAGGUUCAGUUGUCCUGACUCAGGAUGUGAGAUUUGCUCACAAAACUGGGGCUUGGGAGCUUGGCCAGGCUGGAUAAGAUCUGGAGCAUGGGCAGGACCCAGCCUUUGGGAUCAGUAUUAGUCCAGCAGGAAUUCAAGGGUUUAGGAGGAAUUUUUCUGCCUGAUGUUAAGAAUGCAGUGGGAAGCAAAGAAACUGCCAGCAGGUAUUUUUCUCUCCUCCCUGGAGUUGGCUCUUGUUCACCUGCUCUCACUUUUGCCAAGCAGAACCUGCCUCUUGGGUAGAAGGGAGUGUUAGGGUGUCCUAGACCAUGAGAAGACAGCUACAUCCUUGUGCAACCAUCUCCCUCUGUAUUUGGGUCUCAAAAAUGAAAGACGAGUGCCUCAGCUCGUACUAUCCUUAGAGGACGGUGCUGAGCUGCAGCAAAUGUCUGGGAGCUGCACUGGAGAGUGGCAGCCCUGGGAAACGUGUGCUAGAGCAGGCGAGUGGAUGUCGUGUCCAAAGCCCCUGUUUCUGCCUGGAGCAUCCCCUGGGGUGGUAGGGAUGGAGAAGCUCCCGUAGGGUGGCGGAGCAGCCCGGAGUGGGGUCUCGGUGGCUUUCCCCGCCACGCUGUGCCUUGCAACCUCCCUCCCAGACAGAAACCUGCGAUCCCGCAGGGUUCACUGGCCGGGAGCAGCUGCUCUCGUGUCGUGUCAGCUAAAUCACAGCGCUGGCUCCGCUGGCCAGGGAAGCGUCUGUGCAGCUGUCUGGGGAUGUCCAGUCUGAGCCAAACAGAAAGCGAGCAGGGCGAGGAUCCACGGGGAUAUCCUGCUUAGGGCUUAACGCAGGGACAGCUAUGGGAAAGCACAUGGGAGUUUGUGUGUGGAGCCCCGAGCUGUCACCGCUGUGCUUGAACACUGGGUGAGCUGAACAAAGAAUCCGUGCAGAUAAGGAGAGAGGGGACGCGGUGCUCCAAACCCCUGGCACCUGGCUCCAUGGGGCCAGCCAGCCCUGCUCAGAGCGGUACUAUCAAGCUGGAGGACUGUCUCCGAACCUCUUUUUUCCAGUUUCCUCCCAGCUUUUUGCUUUGUGGCUUGUCUCCAGCAGCGUCUCCUGCUCUCCUCUCAGCUCCGGGUUACGCCGAAAGUGGGGUGCAAGGAGGUGGGCGAGGUCUGUGCUAUUUCCUGAUGUCGAAUGUGGGCUGCGCCGGCUGGUGGGUGCCGGGUGCUGCAGCCCUUGUGAAACGCCUCGGGGUGCAGCGAGGACCCCACCACCUGUGGGGGUGCAGCAAGGGGGUGUGUGAGAGCUCAGCACAGCGUGUUCCUGGCUCCCAUCUGCACACCGUGGAUGCCCUCAGCGUGCUGGGCAUCCCAGCCACAGCGAUGGGCUGACCGAGCCACGAGCUCCCCCCUUCUCUUGCCUAAUCCCUGUUGUUGAUAUCAGUGACAGAAAACAAAUUGGCUUCCUUUCGUUACCAAGUUAAGUGAGUUUUCUGGCAAAUCUUAAAGCAGACAAUAGCUGGCAAGGCUGGCCCUGUGCCCCCUGCCUGGGAGGCUUGCUGGCAGCUCUUGGGGCAGGCAGUCGCGGCUCAGCCUCGUGCCCGUGGCUGCUCCCUGCCUAUUGUCAGGCAGACCCACGAUGCUGGCACAGCCCAGGGGAGCAGCAAUGAACUCCACCAGCAGCCUUUUCAGAAAGACCCUUUUAUUUGCAUCCAGUGAACACAAGUUUUCAGGCCAGGGAUGGCGGCGUGCCAAGCAUGUGAAAGUUGAAGGCUUGGAGCAGCCUCGAGAGUGAAAGGUUUAAUCACUUGCAGAAAGAGGAUCACGUCUUUAGGCAGAGCCUGCGCUCCCUGGCAGCUGGCCGAGUAGGCGAAAGGUAAAGCCCCGCUCUCCCCGUGGUGCCGGGACUCCAAAAUAAUCGGGCUGCGGAGGGUGAGGGGCAGGCGAUGCAAACAGCCCUGGUGGGGCGUGAGCGCAGCCAGGCACACCCUGCGCUCUGCCAGGACCGUGCUUGUCGCAGGUUGGUGACCUCCAUCGUGCCUGGAGAUCCCUCUGGGGAAAUACUGUGCCAUGCCUGGGGCUGCUCCAGUGAGCCUUGUUGAUUUGAAGCCUUGUUUGGCUAAAUAAAGGGGGAGGGAAAGGAAAACAUCCAGUGCAGCCAGGAGGUCUUGUUGUUCUGCUGGUGCCAUACGGAUGUGCAACGCAAGCUGGAACUAACGAGCAUGUUCCUCAAACAAAGAUUGAGCUGAGGCUGUUCAAGCAGCUGCAUCUCAUUCAGCUGCUCGAAAGUCCCCAUUGCCCCAGGAAAACAGAAGAGAUAAGAGCGCAACGAGCUUGGUCAGAGCCCAGUGAAAAAACCAGCUGGGACAGGGCUGACUUCAGCACGCGGGAGCCACGUGGCGCAGCCGAGCAUCCGCCUGGGCACCGUCCUGCCCGGGCUGGCGAUAGUGUGGGAGAGCAGGCGAGGAGAGCACCGAGGGCUUGCUGCUGCUGGGAGCCUCCGGGACAUCCCUGCUGCCCCUGUGUGAGCUGGGCUCGCCGUGGGGUCAGGGACCACCCUGGGUGGUUCCUUCCCUUUAAGCCCCCUUUGCCUUCCCUGGCUGCUUUUGCCUAGGGAGCGUGCACGUUGGCGAUGUGCUGGGUGUCCCAAAGCUUGGUGCUUUGUGCUUUGAUCCUUUGUGCAAAAAGCUCGCCCUCUGUCCGCGUGCAUGCGGGCUGGACUCUUGUCCUGUGCUGGCACCGGUGGCCUUGGUGGCACCUGGUCCUGCCUUGGCAUCAGCCAGGGACUGAGGGAUGCGAACGGCAGCACUGGGUGUGAGAGGGGGGCCGCCAAGGCGGGGAAAGUUCAUGGCAGGGGGGGAGCGAGAGGGGGAUAAGGGGCUGGAAGUGGGUGAAAGGUGGCGGUGGGUGUCACAUUGCCAUCCCCCGCCCCCCUCCCCGCUGACCUUUCCUCCAGUUCUGGCUCCGUCGCCCCAAUGGGGAUGGGGCCGGGGAUGGGGCUUGGUGCGAUGUCCUGCGGGGCCGCCCUCCCCCUCAGCAGCCCAAAAGGCCCCACUCCCACCCUUUGGCCCCAGACGAAGCCCUGCGGCUCUGAGGGGAGGCUGCUCUCCCUGCCCGGACCCCCGUGAGCUGCUGCUGCUGUGGGGGGAUCCCAAGAGGGGCUGCAGGAGGGGGAUGCCGGUGUUUGGGUCUCCCCAGCCGCCUGCAUUGGGGUCACGCCGGCAGCAGCUGCGAGCCACCCGAACCCACCCCACGUUCAGCCGGGAGCUGCCCCCACAGGCGGGGAACAGAGCGCCUUUGUCUGGGGGUGACAGGGCCGGGGGGCCGGGGGCACCUGUCCCGGCACACAAAGAGCCCCUUGAGCGUGCCGGCACCCCGUGGCUGAAGGCUCUACGCAUCCUCCAGCGGCCUUUCGACUCGGGUUUUGUAACAGAGCUCCCAGAGGACUGCCAGCAGCUCUUCCUGGCCGGGCAGCAAAGCAGCGGCAUCUUCCAGGUGCAGCCCUCGGGGUCUCAGCCCUUCAAAGUCUACUGCGACAUGACUGCAGAAGGUGGCUGGACAGUGAUCCAGAGGCGCACAGAUGGCUCUGUAGACUUUGACCAGCUCUGGGAUGCCUACAAGAACGGCUUUGGAGACCUUCAUGGUGACUUCUGGCUGGGUCUGGAGAAGAUCCAUCACCUCGUCCAGGAGGGAAGGUACAACCUCCUGAUCGAGCUGGAGGACUGGGAGGGAAACUCCCAGGCGGUUCAGUUUGAGUUCAGCCUCGGUGGAGAGAGCACGGCCUACACCCUCAACCUGCUGGGACCUCUGUCUGGAGAACUGGAAAAUGCCAUUGGGGACUUCAGGCAGCUGCCCUUCUCCACUCGGGAUCGUGACCAUGACCUCAAAGCUGACACAAACUGUGCCAAGCACCUCUCAGGUGGCUGGUGGUUCAGCACCUGUGGCCAUGCCAACCUCAACGGGAAGUAUUUCCGCUCCAUCCCUCGCCAGAGGCACGAGCGCAAGCAGGGCAUCUUCUGGAAGACAUGGAAAGGCAGGUACUACCCUCUGAAGUCCACCACCAUGAAAAUCCAACCCACAGCACUGGAAGCAGAGCCCUGAAGCUGCCAUUUCAGACUUGACCUUCUCCGUGGAGCGCAGAUGUGAGCUCCGUCACUUGGUGUUUACAGAAAAAUCAGCUCACCCUCCCCAGGAAGCCCCCAAGGACAGUUUCUCUUUGCUAGCAGCCCUUUAGUGGGCAGGGGCUGUGGCACGGCGCAGCUCCUCACUGCACGUAAAACAGCUCCGUGUCACCAAAAUCCCUGGAUGGGAGCUCCCAGAGCAAGAAGGGAGCUGCCGGCAGGGAGGCCAACCUCCAGAGCAUGCCUGGGGGUCUUCAAGUCAUCUGGUGCUUUCUGUCCCGCCUCAACACUUCCAUGCUGGUUUUGAUGAGCUGGGGUAAAAGGGAGGCAGGGGAAGGGUUUUGCUACCCUGCCCCAAGCCGUUGGGUACUGAGCCUUGCCGCAUCCCACCUCUCACCGUUGUUCCCAAACCAGUUGUACGCACCCCCUGUGAAUUUCCCCCAUUUCCCCCUGGCCCCGUGGGGCAGGAGCCUCUGACAUCUUGAUCUUGCUUCUGCCAUGCAGCCCUGCUCCCGUGACUUCAACCCGCUGGGAAUGUGGGUGUCACUGGGAGGAUGCAGGGCUCCUUUUGGAGAAGGGGACUUUGGGCUCCCUCGCCUCCCCUGUCCCCAAAGCUUUGAAGUCACCAAAAUUUCUGGCUGUGCUGGCAUUUGCUGGGAGCUGGAGAAAACACUCCCAGCUCCAGGAAAGGAGCUCCUGCCUUUGGGGUGGGUGUCAGGAAAGGGGGGCGAAGCAGGUCCCCAAAAACUGUUACGGGCCAAGCUGCCGUCUUGGGACUUCCCAAGCAUCCUGCCCUAUUGAAGUCAUAUUGACUACUGUGCUAGAGCUCCUAGCUGCUAAAUAUUGUACAUAGUCAUUUGUAGGAUGUUGGAUCUUUUUGAUGAGUUUCCUGUUUUAAUUUUGUUUCUGUAUUUAAAUGCAGUGUUAAAAACAAUGUGGUGUAAUUUAUAAAUGUUGGAAAAAAACAAGUGUAGUUUGUGUAUUUUAAACUUUUUUUUUUGUACUAAAAUAUCUUUUCUGAAGAUGUCUUUUAAUAAAAACAAGCCUGUAACUGUC